ACAACACAAGUAAGAAGAAGGGAGAAGAAGCACCUUCUCCUCACCUUCUCCUCCAUUCAUCAUCCGCACCGUCCAUGGCGACGCCAUCAUCGCCAUCGGCCAUCUUCUCCUCCAUCAUCCCAUCCAUACCGUCCAAAUACUCGGACAGCCUCACGAUCCUUACCAUCUCCAUCCUUACGGCCAUCAUCACUGAGGCAAUCUCCUACAUCCUCAUCUACCGCACCACAUCCUACAAAUCCCUCCGUUCAUCCAUCCUCAAGUCCUCCAAGAAGCUCGAUCUCAUCAAAACCCCACCAUCAAACCCUAGCAAGAAGGCCCACGGCAAAUCGAAGAAGAUCGACCGCAUCGAGACCGCCCUCAAGGAAUCCACCCGCGAUCUCUCCCUCUCCAAGUUCAAAUCCGGCGCUGUCGUUGCUCUUGUCCUCUUCGCCGUCUUCGGCUUCCUCAAUUCCCUCUUUGAGGGGAAGGUCGUCGCAAAAUUGCCGUUCCGGCCUGCUGCUAUCAUCCAGAAAAUGAGCCACCGUGGGCUGGCUGGAGACGAUCCCACCGACUGCUCGAUGGCGUUCCUGUAUUUCCUCUGCUCGAUCAGCAUACGGACGAACCUGCAGAAGUUUCUAGGGUUCACACCGCCAAGGGGGGCUGCUGGGGCAGGGCUGUUCCCGAUGCCGGAUCCAAAGACCAGUUGAUCGGGGGAGAUCAGAUGGCGACGAUGACGGUGCCGUCCGGUUUGUUUUCUUGUUAUCCAUUGAUAUUUUGAUUUUGGAAUUGCAUGGUGUAGUAGUAGUUUGGUUGGAUCAGAUAUUGUGAAUUUUCUAUAUUGGUAUGAUCUUCUUUCACGA